UAGAUCCCCACCCCCAUGUGGGUGACGUCACUUCCGAGCUGGGCCCGGUUCCGUGUUGCCUUGAAGGCCGGUACCGAACCAUGGUGGUGCUGCAGGGCGGGGCGGGGGGACACGGCAACACCGAGACCUUCCCGAGGAUUGAGGACUGUCUGCCGCCGCUGGAAAGCUCCCCGUCCAAACGCUUCUCUCCGUCCAAGAGGAAGCAGUACUACAUCAACAAGGCCAUCCGCAACUCUGACCUCAUCCCUAAAGCCAAGGGCCGCAAGAGCCUGCAGAGGCUGGAGAACACUCGUUACUUGAUGACACUCCUGGAGCGAGAUGAAUGUGGCAGCAGUGAGGCUGAGCCUUCACACUCUGCCACCCCCAGCAUCUUCACCGAGGCUUGCAACAACGAGACCUAUGUGGAGAUCUGGAAUGACUUCAUGAACCGGUCAGGAGAAGAGCAAGAGCGUGUCCUGCUUUACCUGGAGGAGGAGGCCAGGAAGAAGCACAAGAGGAAGCUGCCCUUGAAGAACAAAGAGAAGUGGAAAGAGCACCCUGCCUACACACCCAAGGAGUGCUUCCAGCGCAUCAGCCGCCGCCUGCGCUCCACCCUGAAGAGGGGCAGGAUCCCCAUGGAGACGCUGGAGUGCCUGGAGGAGGAGCUGCUAACCUUCUUUUCUGUCACUCCACACUCUGUGUACACAGCACUGAUGGACAACAGCUUUGAGCGACUCCUGCUCCACGCACUCUGCCAGUACAUGGACCUCGUCUCUGCCAGUUCGGAUAUCGAAGGGAAACGCCAAAUGAAAGUGAGCAACAAGCACCACGUCUUCCUGCCCCCAGAACUGCUGCUUUCGGACUACCUGGAGCAGUUCAGCUGACAACAAGGGGCUGCCCUGCCCCACGCUCAGCACGCUGAAGGCUUUGCUUGCCCACUGAUGGCCUCCAUGGGCCCAGCUCCUUGUGACCUGCACAUGGAGUUCCGUCCUUACCCUACUACGUGGGCUGAGCCUCCCUGUAGGCACUGCAGUGUGUUGUGGGGCUGCAGAUGGGUUCUGGCAGGAGCCACGCUUCCCAGCCCUGUCAGUGUCAGUGCAGCCCGUGUGCUUUUAAUGAUGCCAGGCUUGUGGCAUGCUGCUGGCCUGGAUGCUUCUGGGAUCAGCCAGCGGAAGCGCCCAGGGCCUGUGGGAUGAUGGCUGUGUGUUCUGACACCUCUAUAGCAGUCAUAGCCCUCAGGCACUGAGCUGGCUGAUCACAGCCCUGCCUGCAUUGAGCAGGGCUGGUUUUAAAUGUAACAUAGGUGUCUUUUUAUGUGUAUAUUUGUAUUGGGGGGGGUGGGGAAGGGUGAAGUGCUCGCCUCAGGUGUGUGCUCUGUGCCGCAGGCUGGGAUGUGAGCAAGGGUGGUGCCUCGUGUUUAUGUGUGUGUGUGUGUGUGUGCAUCAAGAACGGGCGGCAUUCCUGCCGGGACAAUAAAAGUGCGGUGCUCUAA